CCAAAGAAUAUGAAUUGAAACAGAAAGACACGAACAUUUUCGACCAAAACAAAUCGAAAUAAACGAAGUGGAAUAAUUGCAUGAUGGGUUACACUUACGCACUCCUGCUUAAACUUCAGAUUUUUCUCCGAGUUCUAUUCUAUGUUUUUUGUUCUUGUUGUUGCUUUUUUGUUUUGUCUUUGUUUUUGUCUUUGCUUUCAUUUUUUCUGUUAAAUAUUUUCUAUACAUUUUGGGCCGAAUAACAUUUUGCGUUCACUUAACCUUUUGCUGUCUGGCGUAUGUUAUUUAAGCACAGAAAAUAAUAAAAGUGACGUUUGGGAUCUGCCCUGGAGCCAAGUGGUCCGUCAUGUGACGCGGUAUGAAGAGAAACUACAGAAAAUUGACUACGAAUGAGGGGGGAAGGGAAUGUUUGAUAAAUUUGAUUGUGACAAAACCAAAAUACCCUGAUCGUUCUCCUAGACGCUCCUUGUCAGUCCUGAGUUUAAACUUCGGGAUUUUUUUCGUGUUAAGACACAAAUCUCUUGUGUUACUAGUCUCUUCAGAUCUACUCAUGCUUUUGCCAAAGCACUCGACGAAAGAAAGCAAGUUGCCACCGUCUUUUUGGAUUAGAAUUAUUUCAGUUACAACUGAGAAAGACCUUGAUGUGCAUGUUUCUACCAAGUUAUCUUGGAAUAGUCACACUGACGUCAUCAUCAGUAAAGCCAACAAGAUGCUGGGCAUGAUCAAAAGAACUUGUGUCAAUGAAUGUGAUCAGAAAACAUUGAUAAUUUUAUACAAAUCACUUGUUCAAUCCCAGCUGGAGUAUGCUCCACAGGUCUGGUCACCUUACACUAGAGCAAAGAGAUACUGCACUUGAGCGUGUACAAAGGCGUGCCACUAAAUUUAUCCUGAAAACUGACUUACGUUAUUCUGACAGACUUGUCAAACUGAAACUUUUACCUCUAGAAUACACAAGAGAUAUAUUAGAUCUUUGUCAUUUUUCUUUAAGUGCCUGAAAGUCUUGUCAUAUGCAAAUUUUAAGACACCCAAGUAUAAAUAGUGAAGGUACACUGGUGAAAGGCCUUUUCAAAACUGAUGUUUUUAAGUUUUUUUUCUUCAGUCGUAUUGUAGACUUAUGAAAUUGCCUACCUAUAGAUGUCAGAAAAAUUGAACAUUUCUCAUCCUUCAAGAACAGUAUUAGCAAGUUUUAUCCAAAUAAAUUUAACGUAACUAAGAAUAGAUUUUUAUAACUGAUUAAUAAUAUAUUGUCAUGAUAUUUCAUACUAUUUGAGCAAACUUGCAUAACUUUUUUAUGUAGAUUUAUAUAUAAAUAUAUAUGUCUAACUGCAGACAGUACUGUUUUGGCCUCCUGGGCCUCAUCAGUGCAGUGCUAAUUCUGGGAUGGGGGUGAAGCUAUAAAGCCACCCCAAAUGAUUCCACAUUUGUGGUACAUUUAAGCCAUGCAUAGUUCUAACUAUGAGCCAUGCCAGAGUGCUCAAACUAGAAACUAGUGAGCUUCGCACGAUUGCAUGACAUGACUCAUCCUAGUAGAGUGCUCGAUUUGGACAUAAAAGCAAAGCUUUGUAAUGCCAAAGAGCUAUGUCUAACCGCAGACAGUACUGCUUUGGCCUUCUGGGCCUCAUCAGUGCAGUGCAUAUAUGGUUUUAAAUUGAGACAGUUUAUUCGCAUAAGGAAUCCUCGUAUUCUGUUUAAACUGACCAGAUUAUUCAGAUCUUGUGAUUUUUUUCUUUUUAUUUAUUUUACGUGUUAAUUUAUCUACAAUUUGUAUAUGCUGUAGUUCAAUUUUAUACUUGGUUCAAAUUUUAUUUUCCUUUGUUCUCAGUCACGUUGAUGUAUGAUAAUGAGUUUGAAACAAAGGAAAAUAAAAUUUGAAUCAAGGAUAAAAUUGAACUACAACAUAUAUUAUAUUAAGACCUGUAUAAUUAAAGUUGAGUAAAUUAAAUCAAAAACGGUUAUAUGAUUAUAGCAAUAAAAUUGUCUUAAAUAGAUCUUUCACCAAUUUGAAAUCGUCGAAGAUUAUUAAUCGAACUGACAUCGUCGAAGAAGAAGGCACUGACAACCGUAAAAAUCUACAACGUAACUAAGCAGGUUCCCGAUCCUUUGCUCUGAGUCCGAUCCAAGUUUAAAACAGUAACCCUACCCAGUUUCCCGUCGGUCACUAAUAAAUAAUAACUCUCGGACUCGUCCAGCUGAUUGAUUCGAUUUCAAUUUGCACAAAGAAUAACAGCGUUUACGUUCGCGUGUAGGGAAAUUCGUCUGUUCGAGUGAUGAGCCUCGUUCAUUGACUGCGAUCAUCAGAUUCUUCGUUAUUUUCCCCGUGGAUCUUAAUUUGGUGCCACAAUGGAUUCGGAUUUGCUUGUAGACUUACAACUUCAGUAUGAUUAUUUAUUCAAAGUUCUGAUGAUCGGCGACUCUGGCGUGGGAAAAUCGUGUCUUCUUCUUCGUUAUGUUGAUUUCGCCCACAGAGAGGCUUACCUAAACACGAUUGGAGUAGAUUUUAAAAUAAAAACCAUCAAGCUCGAUGGGAAAAGAAUUCGUCUUCAAGUCUGGGACACUGCUGGCCAAGAAAGAUUCAAAACAAUAACAUCGUCAUACUACAGAGGAGCUCAUGGAGUCAUGAUUGUCUACGAUAUUGCAAGAAAAGAAACUUUCACUAACCUCAAUAAAUGGUUGAAUGAGGUAGAAACAUAUGCCAAUCAAGGAGUUUUGAUGAUCCUGGUCGGGAACAAGACGGACCUUAAUUCACAUCGUCAAGUUUCCACAGAAAGUGGUGCAGAGUGGGCUGCGCUUAAUGACAUGCCUUUUAUAGAGACAAGUGCUAAGGAUUCUGUUAACGUCACCGAGGCUUUCACAAUGCUUGCUGAGCUGGUAAAUAAACAGGUAAAAGACACUCACACUGAGCAGAGAGCAUUUGUGUUGGGGGAUAACCAUGAUCGUGGAAUACGAGCAGGAGAUGGAAAUGAGAAAGAGAAGUGUGGCUGUAGUAACUAGAUUCUUAAAAUUAUAUUUAGUAAUUCUCGUCAAUUAAAGUACUGUUCUGUCGACAGUGACCAUGAGGAAAAGAUUUAUGGGACAUGACAGAGAUAGAAAAGGAUAUUCUUGGUGUAAUCAAUUAAACUUUUUGAGCCUAUAGCCUGCAUGUUAAAGACAGUUUUGUAGAAUGGCAAGUGUAGAUGCAUACAAUAAUGGAAGUUGUGAUUGUUUGCAGAAAUCUGACUUUAAUUCAUUUUGUUUUACUGUGUUGAGUACAGUAAACUAUCUGCCAAAAUUUCUUCUACCCCUUCCUUCUAAAAGGAUUUCUUUUUUUAAAAAUGUCCUUUAAAGUUAUUUCCAAAUUCAUUAAACCAAGUCCUGAAAUAUUAAACUAAAACAAAAAGCUAAGCUAGCUUGAUAGUAAUGUUGUUCAAAGAACUAUUUUAAGUCCCCAGUAGAAUAUCUAAUGUUCUACAGUAAAUUAACACUUCUCUUGUUCAAGUUGCUAAUUGUAGAGUUUGGAUUAAUAUCACUAAGUCUUAUGUUGUAUUGUUCAUAAAAAUUACUGCACUUCAUAUUUUGUUAUCGUUGCCCUGGAGAUUUUCUUGAAAGUACUUCUCUUAAAUUGUGAGAAAUUGAAAUUGACAGAAUUGUGGUAGUGUAAGGGAUAUAAGGAAAGAAAACUAUUAAUUGUGUGACACACACCCAUAUUCUUAUUUAGAGUCACUAUAAUGAUAAUUGCAGAGUUGAGUUAUUGGAUUACAGAAUCGGGGUAAAUGAAAAGAAUCUACUUCCACUGAGCUAACACACUACCAAGAUGCCACCAACACAAUCAAUGCAUCAGCUGACACACUACUGACACAUUGGAAGAUCAACCAACAUAUCAGCCAAUCUGUCCAUGAACAUGAGAUCAAGGCAUUGGCCAACAACACACAAGGAACUCUAAAUAGCCACCAUUUUGAGAAUGAAACACUACUGACACAUUAACCAAUGCUUUGUGAGUUGGCUUUCUUUACAUUUAUCUAUAAUCAGUGCACCAAACUGUAUAAGAAGCAAGUUAAGGCACAUAAAUAGCAAAGUUCUUAAGUUGAUUUGCUAGAAAAGAGUGAAAUGCAGGGGUUUCAUUAAUGUUUUCAGCAGGAGGGCAACUGGUUUUCACAGGAGGGCAAAACUUUUUGAACUGAA